CACGUAGUCAUCAUCCGUAGAUGGCCGUGCAACAAUUUUUCCUUCUGCCUUGUCAUCUUUCACUGCGUGUCCAUUGGCAACGUCGUUUCUGCUUGUUUUCAAUUCCAACGAACUCGAAGACUUGGAUUCUCCAUACGUCGGAAAACUGUAAAGGCUAGCAUUUCCAGGAGGAUCUCCGUCUUCUGGUACCAUGAGUACGCUCGAAUUCUGGGAUGGAGCUUCUUUUUCACUAGAUACAACCGGAGAAGGCGGAACUGCGUCUGACUUGGCUUCUGAUUGCGUAAAAUAGGAGAAGCUCUACCUUGAGGCGUCGGAUCUGAUUCCUUAUCAUCUUUCGAAUGCGCAACUGCUACUGCAGAAGGAGCAAUGUCUUUGGCCGUUGAAGCAUCAGCGGCCUUGUUAUCUGAUAUAACCGGGGCUGGUGAAGCUUUGUCUUUAGACGAUGAAACGUCAGCGGCCUUUGUAUCUGAUAUAACCGGGGCUGGUGAAGCUUUGUCUUUAGACGAUGAAACGUCAGCGGCCUUUGUAUCUGAUAUAACCGGGGCUGGUGAAGCUUUGUCUUUAGACGAUGAAACAUCAGUGGCCUUGUUAUCUGAUAUAACCGGGGCUGGUGAAGCUUUGUCCUUAGACGAUGAAACGUCAGCAGCCUUGUUAGCUGAUACAACCGGGGCUGGUGAAGCUUUGUCUUUAGACGAUGACACAUCAGCGGCCUUGUUAUCUGAUAUAACCGGGGCUGGUGAAGCUUUGCCUACUGAUGUGUCGUCGUCUUCUAAAGACUUGACUGGUAGUGCAGGAUAAGGUCCAUCUUCAGAAACAACGACAAGUGGUGCCUUUGUUUUCACGUCUUUCAAAAAACCAACUGACGGUGGUGAAGGAUAAUCAGCUCUGUUUACGGAACUUGAAACAGCAGCAGGUGAUGCGUUCUUGACUUCGGAACUUGAGACAGCAACAGAUGAGUCUUUCUCGUUUUCUAGAGAGGCAACUGCGCGUUCAAGAGUAGCUCUUUCUUCGGAAUUUGAGAAAAUAGUAGAUGGUUUGUUCUCGUCGUCUGGCCCUUGUGGCGAAGCUCUGCUUCCAGGUGAUGAUGCGUUAGUAUUAUAUGACGCGUUGUCGUCAAGGGUAGGAGAAGCAUACGGGGAGUCAUCGUCGUCGGAAUUCAUAGCACCCUCUUAUUUUUAUAGAAUGCUAGGAGAAGCUAACCAUUAUAUAAAAUAUGAUCAGUUAAGAGUUUGUAAGAAACCAAAAGUUGUAGGAAAUUUCUGUGUGCGCUAUGAAUAAAAAUUUGGACAUAUCUAUAGUUCAAUAACGAUCAUGUCUGAAUACAAAGCAGAAAGACAU